CAGGAUAACCGUUCCAGCAUGUCCAGGCCAAUGAUCACAAGAUCACCAGCGUCCCCCCUGAGUAACCAGGGCAUCCCGACACCCGCCCAGCUCACCAAGUCCAACGCCCCUGUGCACAUCGACGUGGGCGGACACAUGUACACCAGCAGUCUGGCCACGUUAACCAAGUACCCAGAGUCCAGAAUCGGCCGUCUCUUCGAUGGCACAGAGCCCAUAGUAUUGGACAGUCUGAAGCAGCACUACUUCAUUGACAGGGACGGACACAUGUUCCGCUACAUCCUCAACUUCCUCAGGACUUCCAAGCUCCUCAUCCCAGACGACUUCAAAGACUAUAGCCUGCUGUACGAGGAGGCCCGGUACUUCCAGCUGCAGCCCUUGCUGGCUGAGCUGGAGCACUGGCGCCAGGAUCGCGACCUGGCCAGGGUGUCACGCCCCUGCGAGUGCCUGGUGGUACGCGUGGCGCCCGACCUGGGAGAGAGGAUAACGCUGAGCGGAGAUAAGGCCCUCAUCGAGGACGUGUUCCCGGAGAUCGGAGACGUCAUGUGCAACUCGGUCAAUGCCGGCUGGAACCACGACUCCACACACGUCAUCCGCUUCCCGCUCAAUGGAUACUGUCAUCUCAACUCUGUCCAGGUGUUGGAGCGUCUGCAGCAGCGUGGCUUUGAGAUCGCCGGCUCCUGCGGUGGAGGCGUCGACUCUUCCCAGUUCAGCGAGUACGUCCUGAGGAGGGAACUGAGGAGGGCGGGCCAGCGAGGAGGGCCUAACUCAAACAGGAUAAAACAGGAGCAGCUGGAAUAGAGACCUCCCAGAAACUGGGGGGCGCUAGACUCUUUUUCGGUGGCAGCCAAGCCCUCAACGGGACGCAGCAGAGCUCUGUGGACUCUGUGAGGCCAUUCUUGCGAACAUUAGAAUAAGAUUAAGUUUACACUUUUUCUCAGUCUCAUAAUGCGCAUCAGCUAAUUAGAAUCAUUGAUGAAGUUGCACAUGUUCAAAUGCUACAUAUUAGCUUUUCCCAUCAGAGAACCUGACCUAUGCUAACCUAGCCCGGCUGGCAGGGAUUGUUUCUUAUAACAAAUUCUGCAUCAGCCUAUCAAAGAGCUUACUAUCCACCAACCAAUGGCACCAAGGGGGCUCCCGAGUGGCGCAGUGGUCUAAGACACUGCAUCUCAGUACAAGAGGCGUCACUGCGGUUUGAAUCCGGUUUGA